AUGAGAGUCCUGGUAACUGGGGCUACUGGGUUUGUCGGAGGGAACCUGGCCCGUGAGCUCUGGGAACGCGGUUACGAGGUGCGGGCCUUAGCCCGCCCAGGCAGCAAUUCUUUAACAACAAUAGGCACGGGCAUCCACCGGACGGAGGGCGACAUCCUUGACAGGGAAUCGCUCAGCCGUGCAAUGGCCGGAUGCGAAGCAGUCUUUCACUGUGCCGCCGCCUACACCUUCUGGUCGAGGGACCCACGGGGGGUACGGCGAGCCAACGUGGAGGGCACCGUGAAUGUGCUUGAGUGUGCCAGGGAUGCGCGAGUGCACCGGAUCGUGUACACCAGCACCGUUUCGACAGUCGGGAUACCGAAGGACGUGGGUCUGGGGGAUGAAUCGAUUGCGCUGUCCCGUCACACGCUGCACGGCCAUUACAAACAGUCGAAGUUCGACGCGGAACGAGAGGCAAUGCGGCUGGCAGGCGAAGGAGUGCCGGUGGUUGUGGUGAAUCCCACGGCUCCGGUGGGGCCAUGGGACGUCAAGCCGACGCCGACGGGGAAGAUAAUCCUCGACUUUAUCAGGAGGAAAGAUCCCGGCCUACCUGGCCACGGGAAUGAACUUGGUGGACGUGGCGGACGUCAGCGCAGGGCAUAUAUUGGCCCUUGA